AUGCGCGUUCUAAGUCUCGUUUCCUUGUUCUCUGUCAUUGCUGUGUCCCCAGGGACAGCGUCGCAGAUCCAGUGCUACCAGUGCGAGGAGAUGACGCAAAAUGACUGCACCUCGCCCGAGUACAUCGUCAACUGCACCGUCAACGUCCAGGACACCUGCCAGGGGGAGGUGCUCAUCAAGGCGGACGGUAUCCACUACCGCAAGUCGUGUGCGUCGUCGGGCGCCUGCCUGAUCGCCUCCUCGGGCUACCAGCAGUUCUGCACGGGGGAGCUCAACUCCGUCUGCAUCACCUGCUGCGACACGCCUCUCUGCAAUGGACCCAAGUCCAAACGGAGACCCCCGUCCUCAUCUGCACCUCCUACACCUGCACCUCGCCUCACGUGGAUGGGUUCCCUUCCCCAACACCACCGCACUUUCAGCAUAGUGACAUCUCUGCAGGAGGGGAUGGCCUCCCCUCCUCCAUCGCCACCUCACAUUGACCCGCUCCUCAUCCUCAUCUUCGGUUCACCUCUCGACCGCUCAGUUCUGUAG